GCUGCCGCAGCUGUUGCAGCUGCCACAACACAACAAAAAAGAGCGCGCGUGCGAGCGAGAAGACAGAAACUGCCACAAAUGUUGCCGCCACGGCUGCUGCGCUUGCGGCUGUUGCGUGUGCCGUUGCAUUUAAUGGAAUUGCGCAUUUUGCUGCUCUGCCUGCCCACCUUGCUGCUGGCCACAACGCUGGAAACAGACCAAAAGUCAAUACUCACAGAUAACGAUUGGAAGAAGCUAUGGACGCGCAAUGGCAUAAAUGCCGAUUCAAAAUUGGAUAAUAAUCUCGACUCCAGCGACAGUCCCAUGUUCGAGGACAGCGAGCUGAUGGCGCAUAACACAACCGUCCAACUGGGGGGCACCGCCUUUCUUGUCUGCAAAGUAACCGGCGUGGAUCGUGUGGGUGUCAAUUGGAAUCAAAUAUCUUGGAUACGACGCCGGGACUGGCACAUAUUAUCCUCGGGCGCCCAGCUCUACACAAAUGAUGAACGUUUCGCGAUACUCCACUCGCCCGGCUCCAACAUGUGGACGCUGCAGAUAAAGUUUGUACAGCGACGGGAUCACGGCAUGUACGAGUGCCAGGUAUCCACACCCACUGGCAUCAUAUCGCACUUUGUGAAUCUUCAAGUGGUUGUGCCCGAGGCGUUUAUACUAGGCUCUGGUGAACUGCAUGUUGAUAUGGGCUCAACAAUCAAUUUGGUCUGCAUUAUCGAGAAGAGUCCCACACCACCGCAGUACGUGUACUGGCAAAAAAAUGAUCGUCUCAUCAACUACUAUGACUCGAGGCGAGACAUAUCCAUUGAAACGACACCGGGUCCACGUACACAGAGUCGCCUCAUUAUACGCGAGCCCCAAAUCACCGAUUCUGGCAACUACACCUGCUCUGCCAGCAACACCGAGCCAGCUAGCAUUUAUGUCUUUGUAUCAAAAGGCGACAAUAUGGCUGCCAUAUCGAGGCGCAAAACUUCCUCGGCCGAUCGCAUUACGCACAUAUUUAGGUCAAUGCUGGCGCCCUGUCUGCUGCUAAACACGGUUGUCGUUAGACGCAUUUUCUUAACCUAAGCAACUUAAAAUACAAAAUACAAAAUUGCAGCGCAAAAAGC